AUGAUCAAUCUUCGAAUCCUUGCCCUUGGUUUUCUAUCCAUCUUACUGCUAGUAGUGCAAGAGAAAUCUUGUGUUCUCGCCUUCCACAAUAACCAUCAUGCUGGCAUCAUUCCACAAAGAACACGCAACGCCAACACAAAGUUGGGCAAAUCCUUCCCAAAUGAAAAGUUUACGACGUCGAGAAUACCCGUCAGAACUUCAGAUUUAAAAGCAUUGCCUGUUGUUGGGGAUACUGCUGGCGGACUCGAGAUGAAUUCAGAUGUCUGGGUAUUUUUGCUGGGUGUUUUCCCAUUCGCCUGGGCGACGGUGGAAUUUUGGAGACGCAUCAUGUUUGGAGAAGCUUUUGGCACAGGAUCGGAUCAAGUGAUUAUUGGUAUGGAUGAUUCACCAGAAGACUCCAGAGGAAGGCGGGUUCUUGGUAAAGGAGCAUUGGGAACCGCCUACUUUCUCUUUGCGGCUUCAUUUGCUACUCUUGCGGUUGUCCUUUAUUCAGUGAUAUCUUCCGCUCCUCCACCGGAUAUUUUGCCGGUGCCAAAUGGUGGCGAUAUCAUGCCAUAG